AUGAGAAAAACGAGAAGCAGAAGCAUUGUUUCAUCAUUUGCGAUUCACAUUCUUGUUCUAACUUGCUCUAUUCCCUUGUCAUCCCCCGAACCCAAUGAAAUAGACCAAAUAUGCAAAAAAACACCCUUCUACGACCUCUGCACUUCCAUCCUAAACUCAACCCCACCAACCCCAAAACCCGAUCUCAAAACCAUAGCUUUACUAAUGGUAACCAACAUUCUCUCAAACGCAACCGACACACUAAGCUUCAUCGAAGCAUUGAUCAAGAAAACCUCUGACCGUGAAAUGGAACAGGCAUUGGCUUUCUGUGCUGAAUCGUAUAUACCAGUUGUCAAGUACACUCUUCCUCAAGCUGCUGAGGCUAUUAGCCAGAACCGCUUUGGGUUUGCUGGAUACUGUGUUUCUGAUGCUGUCAAACAAGUUAACUCUUGCAAUAGCAAGUUUUCUGGGUUGGUGUCCGCACCUUUAGGAGAUAGAAAUGGGAUUGUUCACAAGCUUGUGGAUGUUGCUUCUGCUAUUAUUAAGCAACUUUUGAAGGGCUGA